AUGUCAAAUCGUGAGCCGGCCUAUCAUCAGUUUCUUCGCGAAUUCCAUGAUGUGACUGCCUCGGAAACAGGGCCAGAGGCUGGCGAGGCAUUCUGCGAAACUGCACAAGAGAUGGCCCUGUGGGUGUAUUUACCGCACCUUGGUAUCCUGAUGGACUUUCUUAUGACAUCGUCAGGCAAAACAACAAAUUUUCGAGUGAGGGAUCUAGCUCUCUCAUUUGCACAAUCUGAUGGCCCGUGA